UUGGUGGCAUCUACCAGGUGAUCCGGAGCAAGUGCAGCGCUUCGGUGGAGGAGCUCGGGGACCAGUAUGUGCUCCUGGGGCCCUAUAAAGAAGCCAGCGUCAGGAUGGAGGUGGAGCUGGGGGAGUUCCCCGAGGACUCCCCUCUCACCGCGGCCAUCAACCGCAUUCGAUCCUUAGGGUGGAGGAUCCACACAGGACGCUGGCUCGUAGAUGGGAGCCCUCAGAUCAUCCUCUUCGACAUUGGCACAGCUGCUGACAAGCUGUAUACUUACAAGCAGGAGUUUUACGAAAGCACAAAGAUUGGCAUACCCAACCAGGACGUUGAGUGCAAUGAUGCAGUUCUGUUUGGUUUCAUGGUGGCCAGAUUUAUUGAGGAGUUUCGUUCAGAAGUGAUUAAUUUCCAUGAUUCAAAGCCCCGCAUUUGCGCACACUUCCAUGAAUGGCUGGCGGGCGUGGGUCUUGUUAUGCUCAGAAUAAAAAAUGUGGAUGUUGCCACAAUCUUCACGACACAUGCUACGCUUCUGGGCAGAUUUUUAUGUGCGGGAGCGGUAGAUUUCUACAAUAAUUUAGAUAAGCAUCAGGGAACUUCUGCAUCAUAUGAACGGUUCAACAUAGAUGAGGAGGCGGGUAAGCGAGGCAUCUAUCACAGGUACUGCAUGGAGCGUUGUGCGGUCCACCUUUCCAACACCUUCACCACCGUCUCAGAAAUCACGGGUGUUGAAGCAGAGCACCUCCUCAAGCGCAAGCCGGACAUCAUCACCCCUAAUGGUCUCAACGUCAAGAAGUUUGCCGCCUUGCACGAGUUCCAGAACAUGCAUGCUAUCUCGAAGGAAAAGAUCAACGACUUUAUCCGAGGGCAUUUCUACGGGCACAUGGACUUUGACCUCGACAAGACCCUAUAUUUCUUCAUUGCAGGAAGGUAUGAGUUUGGCAACAAGGGAGCCGACUUGUUCAUUGAAGCUUUGGCUAGGUUGAAUCACUACAUGAAGGCCAGUGGAACAGACAAGACUGUUAUAGCCUUCAUGAUCUUCCCAGCAAAAACGAACAACUUCAACAUUGAGUCCCUCAGGGGCCAGGCUGUGACGAAAAGUCUCCGUGAUGCCAUUCAUGACAUCCAGUCGAAGAUAGGCAAACGCAUGUAUGAUAUUUGCCUAACCGGUCGCCUCCCUGAACCAGAUGAACUGCUGCUGAAAGAGGAAACGGUUAGAUUAAAAAGAUGUAUAUACGCAGCCCAGAGAAAAAACCUGCCGCCAAUCACCACACACAAUGUUGAAAAUGAUACAGUUGAUCCAGUGCUCAGUGCUCUUCGUAGAUGCCGCAUGUUCAAUGACACACAUGAUAGAGUUAAGGUCAUUUUCCAUCCUGAAUUCCUGUCAGUCACCAAUCCUCUCUUUGGCAUGGACUAUGAGGAAUUUGUCCGUGGAUGCCACUUAGGUGUAUUCCCUUCAUACUAUGAGCCUUGGGGUUACACACCUGCUGAAUGCACUGUUAUGGGCAUUCCAUCUGUCACCACCAACCUCUCAGGCUUUGGCUGCUUCAUGUCUGAGCACAUAGCUGACCCAAUGAGCUAUGGUAUAUACAUCAUUGAUCGCAGAUACAUUAGCCUGGAGGAAUCUGUGAGGCAGCUAGCACAAAACCUUUUUGAAUUUGUUCAGCUGAAUCGACGUCAACGUAUCAUUCAAAGAAACCGUACAGAGCGCUUAUCAGAACUGCUUGACUGGAAAAUCUUGGGAACGUAUUAUCGUCAAGCCCGUCAACAUGCCCUACGCACAGCAUACCCAGAGCUGGCCCUGGAGGAAGAAGCAGCAGGUGCAGGACGACUCAACUAUCCUCGACCACUGUCCGAGCCUCCAUCACCCACCUCUUCACGAGCCACAACACCAGCUCCUUCAGAACAUGGCUCGGAUGAGGAUAGUGUAGAUAGCGAAGCAGAGUUGGAGGAGCUUGGUGUCACUAGCGGAAAUGGAAGCACAGCUGGAAGUCGAUAGAUAGACAAAGCGAAAGAGGAGUUUUAAGCUUGUCUCCUCAUUUUACUUUUUUUUUUUUUUUUUUUUUUUUUUUUUUUUUUUUUUUCAUUUUUAUUGAUAUUAUUUUUGUUGUUAUUAUUAUUGAUAUUGUUAUGAUUAUUAUUAUUAUCAUCAUUAUUGCAGUUCUUUUUUUUAUUGAUUUCUCCAUAUUUUGUCACCUCAGUAAGCAGGUACUACUAGAGGUUUGAUCGAGGGAAAAAAGAGAGUUUGAAUAUUAGUGCUUUUGUUUCUGUCCGGGUAUCAUAGCUCCGAGGAAUUGUAUGCGUCUUCCUUAAUAGAUAUCUUCCAUAGUUUUUUUUUUUUUUUUUUUUUUCUUACUGUUAUUUUUCAUUAUAAUUAUUUACCUUUUUAUUUAAUGUUUUAAUUGACUGAAAACAUCCCAGUGAUUUUUUUGUAAAUUGUUCAAUUAUGAUUAUUGGCAUUUGUAAGUACAAAUGAUUCGAUAGUUAAG